UAUUCAUAUGAAUGGAAUUAGAAAGCCAAAACAGAGAAAAGCAGAGCAGAGCAGAACAAAACAGAACAGCAGAAUGCAGAGAUAGACACACAAUCCCAGAAGUUAGAGUGGACUCAUUCAUCUUUCCAUAACACCCCCUUUCAAUCUUCUGUCAUGCUGUUUCAAGUACAAUAAUUGGUAUCUUAAGGAAAGUUGUACUGGCCUUAGAGAUAAUUUUACAUAACCCUUUAAAAUCUUUAUCCCUCUCUCUGUAUAUAACCCAAAUAUCAAUAUAUUUUCUAACAGUAACAGUAAUUUGUGUACACUCUGACUAUUAUUCAAAUGUCAGUCACCGAAUCAAAUAAAACAAUCAAGAAUGAUGGGUGUAGUUUUCCUACGAUGUCAAGUUAUUUGUAUGCUAGACAUAGUUGUUUAAGAAUAUGAAAUACUUUCUUCAUUUAAUCCUUACAAAUAUGUACUAAAAAGGAAUAAAAACCUGCUUCUGAAAAUUGUACAAAUCUUAAAAUUACUAUUUAAAGGAUAACUGGAGAAAGAGUAAAAUUAGUACUUUGGAAAAUUGGUACUCUCAUCUUAUCUCCUCUGUUCCCAAGCCCAUGCACCAAACUACUGUCUCUUGUGCCAUAUUUAUGAUUCCACUCAGAUACCUUUCACGCUUCCCAACUAUUUCUGAGACCACUUCCUAACUCUCUCAACUCUUGGAUCAGUUGUUACCUCUUUUUUAAAUACCCCUCUUCCCAGGCCGUUCUCUCCUAUGUUACACUGUUUUACCAUUUGUUCUGAUUAUUCCUCUCUGUUGCUGUGGGUUUCAGUUAUAGAGAUGGAAGAGGUGCGGAAGGUAACUAAUGAUGGAGAAAGCCAAAGAGAAGAUGCAUCCAGGGUUUUUCCCUGCCUAUUCUGUUCAAGAAAGUUUUACAGUUCUCAAGCUCUGGGAGGACACCAAAAUGCUCACAAGAAAGAAAGAACAGCUGCAAGGAAGGCCAAGAAGGUUUCUAUGUACUCAAGUGUUUGCUUCUCUUCCCCACUGCCACCCCCCAUGAUUUUUGCUCCAACCCAUCUAGACAUUUUAAAUACUUCCAUGAUCAUCACUGCCCAUGCAGCAGAACUCUCUUAUCUCCAAAACCAUCAAAUUUCCAAACAAUUUGGAUCAAAUGGUGCACCUAGAUUUGGCAACACACAGUUCUAUGGGGGAACUAAAAGGUUACAUGGUGAAGGGAAGAACUACAAUGUCAGCUGGGGGGACACAUCUCAAUCCAAAUUAUUUUUAAGUAACGAUCAACAUCUUGGAAUUUGGAAUGACAGUACCGAGAAGGAACAAAAGCUUGAUUUAUCUCUCCAUUUGUAGGCAAUGUAUGGAUUAUGAAUGAGAGGAUGCACUUUUCUGAGAGUUGAUGAAUUGCGGGACUAGAUUUUAUGGCCAAUUGUGUCAGUAUUGAUAUGGAAUAAUUGUCUGCAUUUUUCGGAUUAACAUGUGUACCUCACUUCCAAAAUAAAUAUCUUCCUUUUACUUUGGUUUAUUAUUGCAUGAAUUGACUAAUAACAAGUGAACUUCAAAA